GUAGAAGCACCUGUCGAGGUUCAACUUUAGUAAAGGUACUGGCCGCGAAUGCGAUGGUCGGUUCCAGAAAUAGCAGCCCGUGUCAGUUUUCUAAUUUACUGCUACGUAUUCCUUUUGCAGAAAACUUUUGGUGAAACCAUCAAAAUAUUUUUGGUGUAUAUUGGUGCUUUGAAGCUACAUCCAUACUUUUCAGUUACACAUACCGUUUUGGCUAAUGAGAAAAAAAGAAAUCUGGCAAUCUCAGAACCUCUUCUUUUUCUUUAUGUGAGAUUUGAAGUCGGUUGAAAAGACCGUUUGUCACGGAUGAAGGUGAAAUUGGUUAAACGCUUAGUAACUCUAAAAAUUGCAACUAAUAUUGUUAAGUUCACUGGAAUUGAUGCACACGUCACUCACGCACUAUUAUUUAGUAGUAAAUGCACUGAAAAUGCAUCAUAACCUUGAUUUAAAACAUCGAAGUAAAAUAAAUUUGCAACGCAUUCUAAUAACCGAAGUUGACGAUGGCUAUUUCGCCGGAAAUCAAAGCAGCAAUGAGGAAUAUUGGAAAACUUCUUGUAGAAAGUUCCUUAGCGGGAGGGCUGAGUCGGGGAGCGCGGGUGGCGGAUAGGAGAAGCCGGAGACUACUGUUAUCGGCGGUGACGUAUGUCUUUAUCAGCAGUAGGGAGUUCGGCGGUUUCAGGCUAGACGGCUCCGCAAACCGAGACGGGCAGCACAGAGAUGAGGCCGCGGCUCCUAUGGCUGGUCCUCGUGUGGGCGGUGUCGGCGGAGGCAGCUCGCCUGCUCGCCGUCUUGCCCACCAACACCAAGAGCCACUACGCCAUGUACGGCCGGCUCCUCGAAGCGCUGGCCAGGAAGGACCACCACCUUACAAUCGUUUCGCACUUCCCAAUGAAAAAUCCUCGACCGAAUGUUCAUCAAAUAAGUCUAGCGGGAACGAUACCAGAAAUCACUAACAAUCUUACGAAACAAAAUGACUCAUUAAAGCCCGAUUUUAUAAGAAACUUGGAACAGAUAAUGAAAGAAUGCGUGGACGCAUGUGAGAUUGCUGCCAAAGUACCAGCGGUCAAAGCAUUGUUCAAUUCGACAGAGACUUUCGAUCUGGUUAUAGUUGAAGUGUUUGGAAGUGAUUGCUUUCUACCUCUGGGCAAGAAAUAUGGAGCUCCUGUGGUCGGCUUCCUCUCAAGUGUUCCACUUCCCUGGCUGAAUGAGCAGCUUGGAAACCCUGAGGCGACUGCCUACGUACCAUCGUAUAUGGUCGGAUAUGGCCAACGAAUGUCACUAUGGGAAAGAUUUGCUAACACCAUGGCGGUGAUUAUAGCAAAGAUUUUGUAUAGAUACAAAUCGCAAAUCCCUUCGCAGGCUAUGUCGGACAGACUUUUUGGGCCGGGACCGAAAUUGGAAACAUUGGCACAAAACUAUAGUUUGGUUUUGUCGAACAGUCAUUUCAGCAUCAACGAAGUGAGGCCAUUGGUGCCUACUUUAGUAGAGGUUGGAGGAUUGCAUUUGGACGAUUCUCCAGUUCUGUCACGUCACAUGCAAAACCUAUUGGACGCAUCAACCGAAGGCGUGAUCUACUGGAGCUUCGGAUCAAUGUCGAGGAUAGAAACGAUACCAAGUGAUACACUAUCACGAAUAUUUGACGUGUUGUCGGAGCUGCCUCAGACGGUGUUCAUCAAGAUGGACAGGCGUAUGUUGGCACAGAACCUUACAGUGCCUGACAACGCUUACACCAUGAACUGGAUACCACAGCACGCUACCUUAUGUCAUCCGAACGUGAAGCUGUUUAUCUCGCAUGGUGGUCUACUGGGCACACAAGAGGCUGUGGCCUGUGGGGUCCCAAUGUUGAUGGUGCCGCUGUACGCAGACCAGGCGCUCAACGCACGAGCGAUGGCUGACAGGGGUGUCGCAGAAAUUGUUACUCUCAAAAAUACUGACAAAGACACAUGGAGACGAAAACUACGGGAGUUGUUAACAGAUCAACGAUAUAAAAAUAGAGCGAUAGAGUUGAAGAACAUUUUCUUGGACCGGCCAAUGAAGCCUUUGGAUAUGGGCGUAUAUUGGAUAGAAUAUGUACUGAGACAUAGGGGAGCGUCGCAUAUGCGGUCACCUGCCCUCGACCUCACCUACCCGCAGUACAUGUUACUUGACGUAGUAGCACUAAGCACUGCCGUGGCGCUGCUCACCAUAUACAUACUACAUAAGCUAUUUAGGUACCUAUGUACACGAUGCAUACGCUGGUGGCCAAAGGAAAAACUAGUCUUUGAAAAAAGACUGUUGAGAAAAAACAUUAGUUUCUUCUUAUGUAUUUUGUGGAAGUACAAAGUGAAACCCAAUUGAUGAGUGUUAUUGUUCUAGAGAAUAUUCACUCACACUGUAUUAUAUAAUGUUUAGGUGUAAAUAUUAUUUUAUAAGAUGUAAGAUAAUUAAAAAAUAUAUUUCUGUAGUCUGUCGAUGAGAUUUUGCGUAUAUCGUAAAA